AUGGCGACAAACCCAAUUUCAACUGCCUUAUUUCUGUCGCAGUUUCGCCGCGCAUGGGUGCUGAAGCGUACCCUGGUUCCCUGGGACCGGGAUACUUCCUCGCAGCUGCCAACUCGGAUUGGACUUGCCGUGAGCGGUGGGGCUGACUCCAUGGCCAUGGCUUUUCUCUCUCGGGAGAUCGAGCGCACCGCGAUGGCUGGUGAGAUCUCAGUCACUGCUCUUGUGGUUGAUCAUAAAGCAAGAGAAGAAAGCAGUUUAGAGGCAAGAACCGUCGCCGGCUGGUUGGCUGAUCUGGGUAUAAGUACCAAGUUGCUGGAGUUGGACUGGUCUUCAUUUAUGCAAAGCGCCGAUGACCCUGUUGGAAAAGAAGCUCACCAAUGGGCUCCAACCGCCUUUGAAACCCAUGCUCGUCGGCUGCGGUAUCAAGCUAUUGGAUCUGCUUGCCGUGAUUUGGGGAUUUCUACCCUCCUCCUGGGCCAUCAUCAAGAUGACCUCGUAGAGACCACUCUUUGGCGCAUGGCUAGAGGGGCCAGGUCUGCUGGCCUGCAAGGAAUCAAAGAAAUGGCCCGGAUCCCAGAAUGCCAAGGCUUAUUUGGGAUUUCUGAGAGUGGCUCGUCCGUCAAAGCCUACUUCAAGACCGACGACCUAAAAAACGUUGAGAGUGCCAGAUCGGUCUUGAUUGCGGAUGGUGGGAUAUUCCUUUGUCGGCCUCUGCUAGCUUUCCCGAAACGCCAUCUUCUCGACACUUGUCACAUACACAAUAUCCCUUAUGUCAAUGAUCCAACUAACUUUGAUCCUACGCUGACCGCACGAAAUGCAAUUCGGCAUAUACGCGCCUCCCAUUCUUUACCUCUUGCGCUCCAAGCGCCUCGCAUCACCGCUUUAUGCCAUACCAAUGGAGAUUCGUCUAAAGAACUGCUGAGGCUCUCAAAUGAAUUUCUCGCCUCGAGGUGUCGUAUCCUCGAGACCCACUGGGAUACUGGGACCAUGCAAAUCCAGGUACUAGAUGAAAAAUCCUCCGAGGACAGCCUAGAAACUAAACUCUCGCCUGCACAAUUAUCGACAGUGCAGGCAUUCUCCCUCCGGCGCAUCGCAGAGCUAGUUGCUCCCCAGCCUGCAAAUCACUAUACUGUGAACAGCUACGUACCAUUUGUCCAUCAAGUAUUUGGCUCCAUGAAUGAAUCUGGAAGCGCAAAAAAUGAAAAAUCCUCAUCUUUCACCUGUGGGGGGGUUCUUUUUAGUCGUGCAAAGCCGACUAGGGAAGAAAAUAUAUGGACCCUAGGACGCCAACCUUUGAUGAAGGGCAAGAAUCCUACCUCUCAUCUCAAAAUACCCAUUAGAUCAUCGCCAGACCUGUCAUCGUCGAGGCCAAUCCCAGAUGAUGCGCUGUCUUGGAUACUCUGGGACCACAGGUUCUGGUUCCGAAUACUCGCCAGAACUAGUACACAAGAUCCUUCAUCAGACAGAGUCGAAUCUCACAUUCCGAUUGCUAUACGCGCGUUCCAAGAAUCAGAUUAUAGAAGACUUGGGAAAUCAGAUGCGCCCACACGAGGUCUUGUUCCGAAAUUGAAAAGAGUGUUCAAAGAACAAGGCCCAACAAAAAUCCGAUACACAAUCCCUGUUUUGGUUCGUGACAUGGUUCCUGAAAUUGAUGACUCCGAAGACAAAGCUGGUCCCCUACUGGCCAUGCCAACUACUGAUUUUAUCUUUGGCGGGACUCGCCUGGAAAAAUCUAACGAGAUGGAAAUUACGCACCAGGGAAGGACGAUAACCUUGGAGUGGGAAUGGCAAUACAAGAUGAUUGAUUUCGAAGCAGCGCGCUUGAUGCAGGGGCCUAUCGAAUGA